CUCUCUGAUUGGGCGACUGACGAUCAUGUGAUCAGGGAAGAUGGCUGCGCUGAGCCAAGAACAGUUUUUAGCUCUCCAGAUCUUACUAAAAGCUUCCAAAAAAGAUGAAAUCCGGCAUCUUUGCCAAGAGUGCUUUUUGAGUUCAGCCGCUGGUUCAGAGAAACUGAUUGAGGACACCUGUUCUACCCUCUCAGUUGCAGCAGAUGAAGCUAAGCAAUUGAUCUGGUCUUUGCACAACCUUUCAAGGCAUGUUGUGUAUCGGGGCCUGGCCUCACCGGAAGAAAUUCUCUCCCUCUUUCCAGAAGGCUUCCACCAAAACCUUAAAAACCUUCUGACCAAGAUAAUUCUGGAAAACCUAUCUACCUGGAGAAAUGAAGUACAAGCCAGUCAAAUUUCCCUGCCCCGACUGGUUGAUAUGGACUGGCGAGUGGACAUCAAAACCUCCUCGGACAGUGUCAACAGAAUGGCUGUCCCUACCUGCCUGCUACAGCUAAAGAUUCAGGAAGAUGCUGCCUUAUGCGGGAACGGCCUCACAACCUCUGCAUUGACCAUAGAGCUGAAUAAACAAACCGUGGGCACGAUGCUGGAUGGCCUAGGGAGGAUUCGUGACCAGCUUUCAGCUGUCGCAAAUAAGUAAUCCAGCCGGCGGGGAGUUUGAAUUCAGAUACAGGAAAGAAACUUUUUUGCCAACCCAGCCGUGGCACUUUGCAGACAAAACUUUUCAUUCCCCUUUCUCACGACAGACUCAUUUUUGAAAGGAUGCCUUUUCACUUGGUGGUGGUGGUAGUAGGCAUCUCAGAGUGAAAAAAACCUCCACAUUUUGGUUUUGACGGCUGGCAUCAUCUCCUGAUGCUAAUCGGGAUUGUACCUUGUCUGUAGUCUUAAAGAAUUGACCUGAUGUAAUGGGAAGAGGGGGGAACCAAUAAGAGUCGACUGUAUCUCCUCGAUGUGCAGUUAGGACUAAAUGCAUCUGUUUAAUAGACUGUUUAAUGCAUCUGUUUAAUAGACAAACUCUUGAAAGGUUUAUGUUUGGGGAGCUUUUGAGUAUGACACUUUCUUCCCCGUGUGCUGAAACACUGCUUUUGAAAUAGAGCUCAGUGCAGCGAAAUGCCUGGGAUGUACUUGAUUUAAGUAAAAAGGUUUGAAUAAGUUGGGGAAA